UGACAGUAUCAUGAAAGUUACCUGUCUUAUGGCUUCAGUUGGACCGGGGAUGUCAACAUUCCUCAGCCGGAGUGCGUCCUCUGUCGGGAGAAGUUAGCUAAUUCUAAUAUGGUUCCAAGCAAGCUGAAGAGGCACUUGGAAACCAAACAUCCCUUCCACGCUGAGAGAAACCUGGCCUAUUUCAAAAGAGCGCGGGAUCUGAACCAGAGGCAGCAAGACCGUUUGUUGGAUUGUGUGAAAGUGUCCGAAAAGGCAAUGGAGGCUAGUUACAUGUUAGCGGAGCUUAUUGCAAAGCAAAAGAAGCCCCACACAAUAGCGGAGACACUCAUCCUCCCUGCUUGCAAAAUAAUUGCAGGUGUCAUGCUGGGUCCAGAUGCCGCAAAUGAGCUAUCCAAGGUGCCGGCAUCUGAUAACACAAUCAAAAGACGAAUAGAUGACAUGUCAGAAGACAUUGAACAACAUUUAACAGAGAAACUGCAGGCGAGCGGCAGAUUUUCUCUUCAAAUAGAUGAAUCGACCGACAUAAGUGGGGCUGCCCAGCUCCUGGCAAACGUCAGGUAUGUUGACGGUGACUCUAUUAAAGAGACUUUUUUCUUCUGUAAAGAAAUGGCAAGCCAUACAACGGGAGAAGAAAUAUUCAAGGUAACUGAUAACUACUUAAAAGAAAACAAUCUGUGCUGGAGUAUGUGCGUCAGUCUGUGCACGGAUGGUGCGGCAUGCAUGACGGGGAGAGUGAGAGGCUUUAUUGCAAAGCUGUGCGCUGAGAUGGGAGCCGACCACCAAAGCCUGAUCCUCCACACAGAGGUACGAUGGUUGUCUCGGGGGAAAGUCUUAUCCCGUUUUUACGAGCUUCGGGAAGAGCUUUUGGAAUUUUCACGUGAACACGCUGUCCCACAUAAAGACAGGCUCGCGGAUGAGAGCUGGUGCGCCAGGCUGGCUUACCUUGCAGACAGAUUUGGGCAUCUCCACGAGUUAAACGCCAAGCUUCAGGGCAGGAAUGAAAACAUUUUAUCAUCCACAGACAAGAUUCGGGGCUUUAUGGGCAAACUGACCCUGUGGCGCGAGGCUUUGGAACAGGGCUCCAUGAACAUGUUCCCGCUGGCAUCAGCUGCGCCACAGGCAGCCAGUGAGCGCGCUAUAUAUGCCGAACACCUUCAGACCUUAAAAGAGAGGUUUGAUCGCUAUUUUCCACGUGUGGCGGACAUCGAGGACAAUGACUGGAUCCGAGACCCAUUCAACCAGGAGUCCGAGUCCUCAAAAGAGAAGCUCACUAUGAAGGAGAGAGAGGAGGGCGCAGAGCUCCGUGCGGACCGCACGCUGAAACUGAAAUUUAGUGAGCUCACACUCGAUCAGUUUUGGUUGGUUUGUGCAUCAGAAUAUCCAACCAUCUCCCACCACGCUAUCGACCAACUUCUUCAUUUCCCCACCACCUACCUGUGUGAGUUGGCGUUCUCCACUCUUGUUUACAUGAAGAACAAGACCAGGUCACGGCUCUCUGUUGAGCAGGACUUGCGAGUGGCCCUCUCCUCCGUGCCACCAAGGAUUAAAAAAAUCUGUGCGCCCCGACAGGCACAUGUGUCCCACUGA